AUGACGAACAAGGAAGAGAGACAGAAUCCGCCGGUUGAGAACGCGGCAGAGGACGACGAUGAGCCAGACGAGUGGGAGAAGCGGAUCAACAGAACCGGCUGUGCGGACGAGCAGAUGACCUUGAACGAUUGCGUCUAUCAGAAGAAGGACUGGCGCAGUUGCCAGAAGGAGAUGGAAGCCUUCCGCGAAUGCUGGAAACAGCAGGGCAACGACCAGCGCACGCAGACGCAGGAUGCUUAG